GUGUGUGUUUGGAGAUAUCUUUCCCCAUGCUGUGUGGAUCAGUCAUGAAGGCUGUGAAGCAUGAAGCAUAGGUUUUAUCUAAUCCUCAGUCCAAUCCAGCCGGCUGCCUGACCAAUCUCUCCCCCAUUCUCAAGAGCUUUCUUGCCUUAAUCUUAGUUGAAGCCGAGUGCGUUUUGUUUUGGAUAAACGUGGUCCAAAUCCCUCUAGGUUACGUGGGUCUACUAAACCCAUGUGCGUUUGCUUACAGGAACGUUUUUAAUACGUUUAUCAUCAGGAUAAGUUCAUACGGCGCACGCGCAGUACGAGUCCCUACGGAUGAGCCGUUACUAUAGAAAUGAAAACGUAUUCGAAGGAGCGCGGUAAUAUAAAUAAACCCCAAGACUUUCUAACCAAUCGGAACCCAGAAUUCGUCCAGCUAAAUGUUGUUGGUAAUUUUCGGACUUUGCCCAUCUUUCCCGCUGUUAUCGUUUGAAGGAUCCCUCUGCUGUAUUCCAAAAACUCAUCCUUUGUGGUUUAAUCGAUAACAUGCGAAGUCGCCUCUGUUUGCGCGCUCGGAACGUUUCCAGAGAGCCAGAUUUAACAGGACUGCACAAACAAAACGGAGCAAACCAGGGUUAUUUUAUUCCAUCAAGGAUUCUGUGUGAUGCGGUUGCCAACAUUGUUUCCAGAAAAGCGCCUGUUGCAGGAUGGGGGUUCGGGGUGGGGGUGGUGGUGGUAUGAGAAAAAUACCCCUGGUCUUUUCAUGUCCAGAUAAAACAAAUCCCAGGACAAUACGCCUCCACGUUCGGCACCAGCACAAUCACGGCUGUACAGAGGAUCGAGAAGGACUGCGCUUAGCGUGGAACGUGAACCCGUCGCUGCCGCGUUUAUAAUAAUAACGGGGAGAAAUAUCUUUGGUUCCUGGAGGUGCUAAUGGUGUGACUGUGACAUUGAAAGCUGAUGAGAUGAUCAGUGAGUGAGGUUCCUAAUGGGUAAUGGUCCGACGGUUUCGAAAAUCAUUAGACACUGAUGUGGAAAUGGUUAAUGGAUACCAUUAGGGAGUGUUUUUCUCUUCUCUCUCUCGCGCUCUCUCGCUCUCUCUCUGUGCGCUUGUGUUAAUCAGUAGCUAAACUGUUUAUGAUUAGUUGUAGAUUAUGUUUCGCAUCCACUAUGCAAGCUCCCGCGUACGUUGUUACUAUAGGGGAAAUAAAAAAAGCGUCCUAGAACGAGUGCAUUGAUAUACAUUUGUCUGGGUUUUUGUGGAGGAUUUCGUGCUAGAGCUGGCUGCGAUGCACGGCCUGGUCAUCAGCGUGACCUGCCACGGGCGCCGUGCUGUAAAAGAGCCGUGGUGUCAGACGCCGUCAUUCAGACUGACAGGCCUUCUCCUUCAGUCACACUAACCGACUGCACACACUCCAGAGGAGCAGAGUCCCAGCAACCAGACGUCCCUGGCCAUGAUGCAGGAGCCGCAGGAGGUGGUGGAGGAGACGGUCACUAUAGAGGAGGACCCCGGCACGCCCACUUCACACGUCUCCGUGGUGACGUCAGACGAUGGAACCACACGCCGCACAGAGACCAAGGUGACCAAGAUGGUGAAGACGGUAACGACCCGCACCGUGCGCCAGGUCCCGCUGGGUCCGGACGGUCUGCCGAUGGCUGACGGCUCAUCACCACUGGGAAGCUACACAGACUCCAUCGACCGUCGCUUCAUGAAGAACGGCGAGCGCUUCGUCACGCCUCAGGCCACGUCCACGCUCACACGCUCCUACAACCACAGCAACUAUGGCGACUCGUACUACAGCCCUCACGACGCCUACGGGGACGUUUGCGACAACUACGGCAGCCUCUCCCGUGGCCUCAACUACCGCCCGUAUCGGCCCUACGGCUACCGCAUGGAGAACAGCUACACCCUGCCCAUUCGUAGGGAUGACUACGGGCACAUGGCACAGCCGCAAGUACCGGUGGGAGGCAGCAGCACUAUGGACCUCAAUCGCUCAGCACCGGAGCGCUUUCAACCCGAGCCGUACGGACUGGAGGACGACCGGCGCAGCCUCGGCCCAGACGACGAAGAGCCGUACGAGUUGGAGCCUGACUACUCCACCGCCAACCGCCGCACACUGCCCAGCGCUGCACGUGCCAUGAGAGACCCGCUGCGCAAUGGUCCUCGCGUCAGAGGCUAUGAUGACCCCAUUGAGACUGAGCUAAUUGACGAGCGACACCGCUAUGCUCCUGGCAUAUACCCCGCCCCACUCGCGCAGCCUGAGCGGGGCAGCACGGCCAGCCUGGACGGUGGCCUCGACGUUGGCCUCGCGCGUCAGGACCCACGCUGCUGGCGCGACCCGGACCUCCCCGAGGUCAUUGCUAUGCUGGGCCACCCGCUCGAUCCGGUCAAGGCCAACGCCGCCGCCUACCUGCAGCACCUGUGCUAUGAGAACGACGUCGUGAAGAAGGCAGUGCGACAGCUGAACGGCAUCCCGGCUCUAGUGGCCCUGCUCGAGCACCCCAAGGGUGAAGUGCAGCGCAAGGCGUGUGGAGCUCUGCGUAACCUCUCCUUCGGCAAGGACAACGAAAACAAGGCGGCCAUUAGGUGCUGCGAUGGCAUCCCCGCUCUCGUUCGCCUGCUCAGGAAAAGCGGCGACGCUGAGGUCCGCGAGCUCGUCACAGGGACGUUGUGGAAUUUGUCCUCGUACGAGCCGCUGAAGAUGGUGAUCAUAAACCACGCGCUGCAGACCAUGACCAACGAGGUGAUCAUCCCGCACUCGGGCUGGGAGGCGGAGCCCAACGAGGACUCGAAGCCCCGGGACGCCCAGUGGACCACCAUCUUCAAGAACACAUCCGGAUGCCUGCGGAACGUGAGCUCGGACGGAGCGGAGGCACGCAGGAGGCUGCGGGAGUGCGACGGCCUGGUGGACGCCCUGCUCCACGCUCUACUGUCAGCCGUGGGGAAGAAAGACAUGGACAACAAGUCUGUGGAGAACUGCGUUUGCAUCAUGAGGAACCUUUCCUACCACGUCCACAAAGAAGUCCCGGGAGCAGAGAAGUACCAGGACCCGUCCUCUCUUCAGGCUCCGGGCUCCACGGGGACUCACAGGAAGAAGAAGGACGACGCUGGCUGCUUCGGUGGCAAGAAAGCUAAAGAGGAUUGGUUUAAUCAAGGGAGGAGGAACGGUGACGGUGACAAGAACUACGACACGAUGGACCUCCCGAAGCGCACAGAGCCCACUAAAGGGUUCGAGUUGCUCUACCAGCCCGAGGUGGUGCGUCUCUAUCUGUCCCUGCUGACCGAGAGUCAGAACUACAACACCUUGGAGGCGGCGGCAGGGGCCUUACAGAACCUCAGCGCUGGACAGUGGACCUGGUCCAACUACAUCCGGGCGACGGUGCGUAAGGAGAAAGGCCUGCCGAUCCUGGUGGAGCUGCUUCGCUCCGACUCGGAUAAGGUGGUGCGCGCCAUCGCCAUCGCCCUGCGCAACCUCUCCAUCGACCGACGCAACAAGGACCUUAUAGGGAGCUACGCGAUGAGGGACUUGGUGAGUAACCUGCCGAGUGGGCAGCAGCGUCCCGCCAAGAACCUGGAAGAGGACACGGUGGUGGCGGUGCUCAACACCAUCCACGAGAUUGUGACGGACAGCUCGGAGAACGCUCGCUCGCUCAUCAUGGCUCAGGCCAUCGAUAAACUGGUGGCCAUCCACAGGACCAGCCAGUCAGCCAGAGAGACCAAGGCCGCGUCUCACAUCCUGCAGACAGUGUGGAGCUACAAAGAGCUGAGGAACACGCUGACCAAGGACGGCUGGAACAAAACUCAUUUCCAGCCCGCCGCGACCGCGGCUCCGAAAGGCUCAAAGAGCAGCAAGUCAGGAUACGAUGACACCACCCUCCCCCUGAUGGAGAAGAGCCAAGGCGACAGAGGCUGUGGCACUGGUGCUAUGAUACCUAUGGAUGAACUUGGUCCAGACGGUUACUCCACCAUUGACCAAAGGGACAAAGACUGCAAAUAUAAAACCAGCGACGCCUCGUCCGAUCUGACCGAGCGGGAGCCUCUGAAGAACGACACGAAUAGGAAGCACUAUAUCCGGAGCAACAGGCCGACUGUGAGUCUUGUGGACGCUUGCGACGUCAAGCCUCAGCCUGUUGACUCCUGGGUGUAAAUGCAUGCAUGGCUUAGCCAGCGUCAGCGCUACAUCACAACCAGUCAAAGGAUCUCACAAGACACGAGUCACCACUGCCAUUUUCUCCACGAUUCGCCGACGUGGACUCAUCAGCAAAGAGACACAAACAAACACAAAAAAACUCACAGCGCAAUCUUUCAUUCGGCGAGAUGAAAUGAAACGGAGGACAGCAACGGGAAGAAAAAUCGAUUUAAACAUGUAUAUUUCUCUCACACGUGUGCAUUCCCACGGCACGAGGAGGAUCCGAGCAUCACGACACGAACUCCACGGGUGAAGGAUGAAGCGCAGCAAGGAAAGUGAAAGUGGACAUGAAUGUGUUUGGGAAAGAAACAGACUGAAAGGAAAAGGGGAAAAAUAAAUAAAAAUAUUUAGGUUUUUUUUGUUUUAUUAUUUUCUUCUGUUUAAUUUUUUUAGGGAAGUGAAGAUGAUGGAUUGAAGGAUGUGUCUUGAGGGGAGAAGAAACGUUCGUGGGUUGUGUAUUGGUUUGAAAUUUUACGGGGGAAAAAAAACACACACACAAAAAAAAAAACACCGCCAACAGCAUUGUGUCGUGACGUUCUGCUAGUUUUGUCCGUGCGCCGGUUCCACGCUCCAGUUCUUUCGUCCUUCAGUGCACAGUGUCGGUGUCAGUGUUGCCUUUUGUACUAUAAUCCCCCCACAGCAACGUUUAACUAAUCGUGAAUGUACGCUAACGGGGGGGCGGGCGGGUUUGCAUCAUCGUGUUCGCUAACUAGGGAUUAGCAUUAACAUUAGCAUCACUGCUAACGUAGCGAGUGAAGGAAGGAUCGUUUUAAAAGCUUUUUUUUAAAUAUUUUCGUUGCUGUUGUAAAUGUAUAUUCGUGGAAGGGCAGGGGGGGAAAAGAGCCGACACAAAUGCAUCUUUAUACGUUGCUAGACAUCUGUGAGUUUCAGAUCAGGAUGUAAAGCGUCACCUUCUUUGUAAAACAACAAAAAGAGUAAAAGGAUAUGAUAUAAAUGAGAGAGGAAUUAAAGGCGUGUAUGAAAAGGCAGUGGCGGAGCGCUGUAUUCUCGGACGAUGUUGUCCUGGUGGUUGUUUUCACCCUGCGGAGGGUUGGUGUAGUCGGAGAGAAAACAGACCACAGCGUCAAAGCAAGGAUUCGGGUUAAAUGUAAAAAAAUAAUAAUAAUUUUAAAAAAACUAUUAUUUGGUGUAAAUCGGUGUGUAAGACCUCAGCGGUUAUGGUUGAGCCCCGAAUCUCAGCUCUGUGAUUGGACUGGAUUGGAUUCUGCCUCACUCGGUGUACAGUAAAUGUGAUGUAAAUGUCCGACAUUUCCACAGCUGUAGAGGGAAUACAGAAUGAUGGAUCACUCACAGGUGGGACGAGUGGGUUUUUCUCCAUUUCGAUUAUUCCGGAACACCUGCCAGGACGUGGUGAAGGGUCCGGUCUGUACCAUCAGCUCCUAAGCGCACGCAGCAUGUGCCUCUGCUGUAUCCCUCCACAAUCCUCAUCAGUGUGACAUGCUUGCAGUGGUGUUGUUUCUUUUUGUUUUCAUAGUGCUAUAACCAAGACGUCUAACACCAACAACAAAGUUGUCAGUAGCUUUGUGUAUUACCUUUUUUUUUUUUUAUUUUUUUUUUGGGGGGGGGUGAUGACCUGUACUCCGUAUCCCCCCCCAGUCCAUACAGCCUUUUCUAUUCUUUUCCACAGUACACAACCAAAGGACUUUGGGGAUUGUAUAUUCUGAAGGUGGAUUUACGAGCGUGAAUAAGAUUGUAUAUUUACAGAAAAAGAAUGGAGGAAAAAAAAAAAGUGGAAUCGAGACCUACCUUUGUAGAUAUCACUCAAAUCCACACACACACACGGUAAAUGUACAACUCGGUAGCAAACGUGUUUGUAACUAUCAUAUGUGCCUUAACCCUUCUCUGUGUUAGAUCGAGAAUAACUGUGUUUUCUAUUAAGCUCUUUGUUUCCCCCUCCUUUCUCUCACUCCGUGUCCUCAGUGUAGUCUAGACUGGUGGUGGGUUUGUUUGUUUGGGUUUUUUUGCGUCGUGUUUUACAUUGUAUUCUAUUGACACACUAAACGGACUCAGUGACGUAGAGGAGAAUGCCGUUCAUGCUUUCGUAGUGCUCGAUGCCACGAUGCUCCAGAAUGUAUUCCGUUCAUUUUACUAACCCCCCUUCCCCACACACACACACACCCCCUGACGGGAGACGCGGCACUUGUUAGAAAUCCAGCGGAGAUUUGUAGGGGUAUCACUUUUGGUGUGUUUUCAAUAAAUCAUGCCUGGAAAGAUUUCA